AUGACUUUGGUCCAUAUUGUUCUCUUCAAGUUUCGGCCUGAAGUCACCGAGGAGCAUAGGCGGAAAUUUGUCACAGAGCUCAAAAAGCUGAAGAACUUGUCUUGUGUGAAGGGAGGACGGCUGCUGGUCGGAGGGCCUAGCGUCACCGACCCCAUUGAGCGCAGCAAAGGCUUCCAGAUCUCUCUGGUUAGCUUCCAUGACAAUCUAGAAGCUCUGUCGGAAUACCAGGCCAGCCCAGAGCAUCACCAUGUUACCUCCACCUACAUGUUUCCUUACAAGGAAGACCUUAUGCGGUUUGACUUUGAGGUGGAUGACGAAGACGAGUAUAUGUGUGAUUUUCCAUUAUUGAGAUAA